AUGUUCCGAAUUCUGUGCUUUCCCGAGGCCUUGAUUCGACGCAAUGUCGCUACACGGGCAAAAAUGCCGUCCCUGCAGAAUCUUCCCGAUGAAUUGCUGCUCAAUGUGAUCAACAAACUUUUGGUAUACAACGUCAUGGCCUUGCCACAACAAAGCCGUGGAAUACAUGCUCUAUGUGAUCUGAAAAAUCGCGAGAAAUAUCAUCGAUUGAAGUUCGGCCGAGAGAAGUACCCGCAGACCCAUGAAGCUGUACUCCAAGCUGGACCAGACACAUUACUUGCCAUCUUACGAACUGCCCUCCUUGGAGAUUAUCUUCGGCGUGUGGACCUGUACGGAACUGGAAUGAUUGAUUUGAUCCUGAAUCCAAGAAUUCCAUUCGAGAUUCUAUACUUUCCCCUAAGGACAUCGACAGGCUCAAGCAAGCAAUCCUAG